AUGUUCUUCAAACGUCCUCGCUCACUUAUGGACCGGAUAUUCACUGGCCCCUCAAACACCGACAUCCUAGAUGAAAACGUUGAACCUACCAACAGGCACAUCUACCAGAUGCCGAUGAGUGGGCUUGCUACGCUCCCAGGCGUAGGGCACCUUCGCCACUUGCCCAAUUCCUUGUUCCGUGUCUCCAAUCUCACCCUACUUGGAAAGCGCCAUCUCCAAAUCCAUGGGCUUUUGAAGGAUCCCGAGCUCAUUUCUAAUGCCAUGAGACAGGAGAGUCUGCAUGAUGUCUAUUUGGUCGGUACACCAGAGAGGUGGUCUCGUCUCUUAAAGGGAAAGCUCCAUUCUGAAUGGUCUCUCUAUUGCAAGGGCCACUUUUACUAUCUUGCAAAGGAAAGCAAGGAAGCGCUCGUUGCAAAAGACUUUCAAUGCUUAGAACCGGACGGCGUUAGCCAGCGGACUCGCUCGCCAUUGAUUGCAUACCAUUUCGGAAAGACAGAUUACGCACCAGCCCAGAUUCGUCGCAUUGCCAGGUGGAUUGUCGCUGAGAUGUCACAACUAAGAUUCUGUUCAAAGAAUGAUGGGCACUUUGUCUCAGCGCUGGCUCUUCGCAUCAUAUGCACACCCCGAUCUAGCGCGGUGAUUAUAGGCAGUCGCUCCCAGAUCUGGGCCCAGGACUGUUGGCUCGCAACUGUCGGUUCGCAGCUGCUGAUCCCCAAUGGAUUUUAUACCGGGUUUGUGAUCGUCGGCACCAAUGAGGAUGCUCCUGGCGGCUGCGCGAGGCAAGGCCACAUCUUCAGAGUGGAGACGGCAGCCCGAUACCUUGCUGGCUGCUGGACGAAAGGGCUCUAG